AUAUUAAAAUUGAAAAUGUCAUUUGCAACUGCCAUUUUAGCAAGACGUUGUCCUAGGCUUUGCCACGUUUUUGCUAAGAAUCCCGUCCAUUCUUUCCAGUUCUUAGGAUUAUAUAGAGGAUACUCGAAAAAGAACGAGUGCAUAAAAAUGGGUACCAAGGACAAGCUUAUGAAAAUCAUUGGCGAACAAUGCAAUACCAAUGAAGAUAAAGUGACCGUUGUGGGUUGUGGAGAUGUCGGGAUGGCUUGCACUUUUAGUAUUUUAGCACAGGGCGUUUCAAGUGAUGUUACAAUGAUAGAUCUCAAUGCCGAUAAAAUGAAGGGAGAAAUGUUUGACAUUCAGCACGGGUGCCUCUAUCUGAACGCUAAAGUUGCAUCGGGAACCGAUUAUGCGGUUACUGCUAAUUCUAAGAUAUGCGUUAUUACAGCAGGUGUCCGUCAAAAAGAAGGCGAAUCUCGUCUGAACUUAGUACAAAGAAAUACCGACGUAUUGAAAGAUAUCGUCCCAAAUCUAGCCAAGCAUUCCCCAGACGCAAUUAUGCUGGUAGUAAGCAAUCCGUGUGACAUUUUAACUUGGGUCACUUGGAAACUAAGCGGAUUCCCGAAAAAUAGAGUUUUAGGCUCUGGAACUAACUUGGAUACGUCCAGGUUCCGAUAUUAUAUUUCUCAAAGACUUGGAAUAUCUCCCGAUAGCGUACAUGGUUGGGUGCUUGGAGAACAUGGUGACUCUAGUGUGGCAAUAUGGUCUGGAGUAAAUGUAGCUGGAGUGCGUCUCCAAGAUAUUCACCCUGAGGCUGGCUCCGACAAUGAUCCGGAAAACUGGAAAGGAGUCCAUAAGGAUGUGGUACAAUCAGCGUAUGACGUUAUCAAGCUAAAAGGGUUUACUAAUUGGGCCAUUGGUCUUUGUGCGUCAGCCCAAGUGAAGAGUAUUAUUAGAAAUUCUAAUAAAAUUCACCCUGCAUCGACUUACGUCAAAGGAAUGCUGGGAAUUACGGAUGACGUCUUCCUGUCAAUGCCAUGUGUUUUGGGUCGUAAUGGUGUAUCUGCAGUGAUAGAUCCUAAUUUAAAUUCCGAAGAACUUUGCUAUAUGAAGUAUUCGGCAGCGAAAAUGUUGGAAGUUGCAAGUGGAUUAAAGAUGUAGUUUUACCGUAAAUUGUAUUUUAAGUUUUUGUAACUGUAUGUAUUUUUUUACCAUUGUAUUUUUUAUUGUAAUAUAUUUUUGUAUUU